AAUACAUUUUCUCUUCUCGUCAGAACUGGAAGCAAAUUAUACGCCAGCUCGGGAAGUGGAAAUCCCGUUAGGGAAGCAGUGUGUGGUGCCGUGCGUGCGUUUGUUGUGCUGCCCUGGCCCUACGAUUCCUCCCAACACCCGCCCGGAUACGUGCACCCGACACAAACCACCAUCGUCAUCAGCAGUACGGAGAAGGUGUAGUGCCCGUCGUCCCGAAAGGUGGUGCGUACAUGUUGUGUUGCAUUGUGUGCCCUGUGUCACCGCUGUUCUGUUGGGGGGAAAGAAGGCGAAAAUCAGAACACUAGCCUGGUCAGCAGCAGACAGGAACGGUGCGGAGAGUUUCAGAAUCGACAGGCCUUACUCAUCACGAUCGGUUUGAAGCCAUAAAACCAUUGCUUAACACCGACCCUUCCGGACGGACGGAAAACGGAUCGGUGCACACACUUAACCAGCAGAAACGGAGCUCCGGGACGGGCUCCGAUCACGGCUUAGAAACGGAAGGCGCAAACAGCGUACCACUGACAGGCAGCAUGACGGCGACUGAUAACACGGUUCGCUUCAGCGAUCACACGCUCGAUAAGGCGACGAAGGCGAAGGUCACACUGGAGAACUACUACAGCAAUCUGAUCACACAGCACGGCGAGCGGAAACAGCGCCAGGCCAAGCUGGAAGCAUCGCUAAAGGAUGAAACACUGUCCGAGUCCCAGCGGCAGGAGAAACGCAUGCAGCACGCCCAGAAGGAGACGGAAUUUUUGCGCCUUAAACGGUCCCGGCUGGGAGUGGAAGAUUUCGAAGCACUCAAGGUGAUCGGCCGGGGUGCGUUCGGUGAGGUACGGCUCGUGCAGAAGAAAGACACCGGCCAUGUGUACGCGAUGAAGGUGCUGCGCAAGGCGGACAUGCUCGAAAAGGAACAGGUUGCCCAUGUGCGGGCAGAACGAGACGUACUGGUGGAGGCUGACCAUCAGUGGGUGGUGAAGAUGUACUACAGCUUUCAGGAUUCGGUAAAUUUGUAUCUGAUUAUGGAGUUCCUGCCGGGUGGCGAUAUGAUGACGCUGCUUAUGAAAAAGGACACCCUAUCGGAGGAGUGCACACAGUUCUAUAUCGUUGAGACGGCACUGGCGAUCGAUUCGAUCCAUCGGCUCGGUUUCAUACAUCGCGACAUUAAGCCGGACAAUCUGCUGCUGGAUGCACGCGGCCAUCUAAAGCUAUCCGACUUUGGGCUCUGCACCGGGCUGAAGAAGUCGCAUCGUACCGAUUUCUAUCGCGAUUUAUCGCAGGCAAAACCGUCCGAUUUUAUCGGCACCUGUGCGAGCCCGAUGGAUUCGAAGCGACGGGCCGAAAGCUGGAAGCGGAAUCGGCGAGCGCUCGCUUACAGUACGGUCGGCACACCGGAUUAUAUCGCGCCGGAGGUGUUUCUGCAGACGGGGUACGGGCCGGCCUGUGACUGGUGGUCGCUCGGCGUGAUCAUGUACGAGAUGCUGAUGGGCUACCCGCCCUUCUGCUCGGACAACCCGCAGGACACGUACCGGAAGGUAAUGAACUGGCGCGAAACACUGAUCUUUCCACCAGAGACGCCUAUCUCGGAGGAAGCCCGUGAUACGAUAGUGAAAUUUUGCUGUGAAGCCGAACGACGACUCGGUUCUCAGCGAGGAAUUGAGGAUCUGAAGCUAGUGCAAUUUUUCCGUGGUGUCGAUUGGGAGCACAUACGAGAGCGACCAGCCGCCAUCCCUGUGGAAGUGCGCUCGAUCGACGAUACAUCGAACUUUGACGAAUUUCCGGACGUAGCACUAGAGAUACCCGCCCAUCCACAACCGGAAGGGGAAGUGCUCAAGGAUUGGGUGUUUAUCAACUACACCUUCAGACGGUUCGAAAGCCUUACCCAGCGUGGUACACCGACGAAAAAGUGAGCUGUGAAGAACGUGAAUGGCAAAGCUGGAAAUGGAACCAAAACCCCAUGUGAAAGCAGCAAACAGAGCAAGCAAAUUGUGAGUAGUUCCAAUCGAUCGAUCAACCUGGAAGGUCGGCCGGUGUACGAUAGAAAGCCCGACAAAAACGCUAGUGCGUCCCAAAAAGAAGGAAGCUGUUUUAAAAGCUUCGUCGUCGUUUCGGAUCCUAGAGGUGGAUAGUAGGAGCGGCAUAAUAGGAUAUGUAAUGGAAGAUGAUUUCAGGCCUUUGGAUUUUCGAGUCGCCCUGUCUUCUGUUUCGUCACUCAACCGUUAACGAUUGGCGAGAGAGGUAUCAAGCCAGUAAGUUAUUGCUGUAUUUUCGUUCACUUACCCGAAUGCGAGUAGGCACAUCUGGAUGCGGAUUCCAAUCUGCAGCGGGAAAAGAUGCAGUUCAGUUACUUAGUGUCAGAACGUUUCGAAGCUAGCGUGUGUGAUGUACGCACUACAAACUCAGCAAACCCAAGUCGCAUCAAAAUGCUUGCCGGAAGAAAGAAAAAACACAUAUUUAAGAGACCGUAGUUGGUGAAAAGAUUCGUAGAUAACAGGACAGUUCAGGACAAUAGCGAUGCGCCGGAAUAUGAUGAGAUAUGAUGCCUGGUGGACUGGUUGCAUUGUACGCAAUAGAAUUGUCCUCUUCUCUUCCCUAACGAUACUAAGCAGCGAACAAGAAGAACUAGACAAAGGAAUAAACAACUUCCGGUGGCAAACUUCCGGUAAAUUGAGAGUCCAGGAUACUAUGAACGAUUGCAAAUUCCCCACACAGUACUAUUACAUCGUUUCACGCUUAGUCGCUGUUUGUUUCCCCUAUUAUGGUUUUCGAAAUUAGUAGCUGCUUGUCUUUUGUCUAGCGUUUAUUUGUUCUUCCUCAUGUACCAAGUACUAGCCGUUAAAAUAGUUUUCGUUUCGUGUAAGAAGUAUAAUCUAAAGUUCUAAAGUGUUUUCUCGUGUUUAAAAAGAUCGCUCCGGUUUGAGGCCAUGGCCGUGAAGGAUUAAAGGCGCACUGCUAUAUUUAUGAAUGAGAGAUCUCUCCUCCUGUUUCAGUCCCUGCCGACUGCCGACCGUCCAUUGAAUGCGUAUGAAGCGAAGGGAUAAGUGCGAACGCGCGAGAGCAUUUUUGACAUUGUGUUUGGAUAUAUUUAGUGGAAAAUUUAUCUUCUGUUAGGUUUUCUUUUUCUUUUUUCAUCUGUUAAGUUAUUAAAUAUGCUUGUUUUAGGAAAAGAUGAGCGAAUGAAACAAACCAACGUGUGCUAGAGGAUGGUAAAAUUAUGUUAAAUUAACAAAAAAAAAGAAAGACAGCCUCCGCAGCAGAGUCCAGCAGCUAGUUGUCCUUGGACAAUUUUUAUAAUCUGAACCCAUGGCAGUGAUGAAGAACAUGAAUCCAUACUUGCCCCUCCUUUCCUUCUCUGAUAGCUUUCUACGCAUUAGGAGGAAGAGAUUUAUCUACAAAGAAACAACCAACACGAAAUAUCAGUUUAAAUCACUCCCUUUGUAAUAGUAGCGUUUUAAGCGGUUUUUCCUUUCUAGGCGCCCCUUUGAUUUUAACUAAAAUGGUGAUUAUCCUAGGCGAUGAAGGCUCAGCUAAGAGACAGUAAAUAUCGAGAAACGGAACAACAUGAGCAUGAUUGAGCCCAUAGUAUUAAAUAGAAUAUUGUAAUGUAUGAUGAUGAUGUAUUGUAUUGUAUUGCAUUGUUUUUUUUAAUUAUAAUUAUGAUUUAUUCGUAAGAUUAUCGCAAAGCACCCAUAAUACACAGACCUUUCAGAGAAAGCGAGAGAAAAAGAAAGAGAGAGAGAUAGACAACUUCGCCCAACCCUCACUCUAAGCGGGUGUGAUUCUUGAUAGGUGAUGAAUGUGAACGAGAAUGAUAAUAAAAUGACAUGUUGCGUUCCCCUUAAUUGUAACCGUACCAACCUACGGACCAUGUUGCACUGGACCGCGGUGUGGCAUUAAACAACAACGCAACGUGGUGUCUAUCAUUCUCGGUUAGCAAAGAGCAUCUCUUAGCCGUAAACACAAGGCGUACGAUUAGGCAGCAGGCAGCGUAACGUAAAGAGACCACCGGUCUUCUGGAACGAAUAAAUUUGUAUAUAGUGUUCCCACAUUCUUAGUCACACCCCGUCAUAAUUUAGCACCGUAGUUUUGUCUUGAUUUUUACGUUGGAUCGUUUUUGUUUUUUUUUCUUCACAUCUCCUCAUCCCAAUCUCCAAAACGAACCGGUAAUAAAUUAAACAAAUGCGCUUAAAAAGUAA